GGCAGCACUCUAUCUAGCGAUGUUCCUUGUUGCGCUCGAUCGAACAAUUCUAGGGACGGCCAUCCCAAAGAUCACCGACGAUUUCCAUUCUAUUGAUGACAUUGGUUGGUAUGCAAGCUCAUACCUUCUCACGCUCUGUGGGUUUCAACUCAUCUAUGGUCGAUUAUAUACUUUCUAUACCGGCAAAUGGAUCCUGCUCAGCACCAUCCUUUUGUUCGAAAUUGGGUCAGCUGUUUGCGGUUCUGCCCCCAACUCGAUAGCUUUCAUCAUGGGGCGGGUUAUUUCUGGUCUGGGGGCUGCUGGCAUCUUCAGCGGUUGCAUCAACAUCAUGGUCAUCACCAUACCCCUCCAUAAGCGACCCAUGUACCAGGGCAUCUUUGGAGCCGUGUUUGGACUUGCUUCUAUCUGCGGACCCCUAGUAGGCGGCGUAUUUACCACCAAAGUCAGCUGGAGAUGGUGCUUCUACAUAAAUCUUCCCAUCGGAGCUAUCGUUGUGGCCAUCAUCCUCUUCAUCCUCAAAACGCCGCCCAAAAAGAACGAACUUACGCUUCGAGAACAAUUCAUCAAGCUCGAUCCCAUCGGUACUGUCUUCUUCCUCCCCGGGAUCAUUUCUCUACUUCUGGCGCUGCAAUGGGGCGGAACAACAUAUGCUUGGUCCAACUGGAGAAUUCCAUUCCUAUUCGUAGUGGCUGGCAUCCUUCUCGGGAUCUUUAUCUUCGUUCAAUUCAAAAUGGGGGACAACGCCACAGUCCCGAUCCGCAUCAUCAAGCAACGUAGUAUUGCUUCUGGUGCUUACUUCUCAGCCUGCCUUCCUGGAUCCAUGAUGCUGGUUCUCUACUUCCUGCCUCAAUGGUUUCAAGCCGUCAAGGGAGUUUCCGCCAUACAUUCUGGUAUCUCCACACUGCCAAUCGUCAUGUCGCUAGUUGUCUCUAGCGCUCUUGCAGGAUUCAUCACCGUCAAAACCGGAUACUACGUCUCCCAACUCAUCGCAUGCACAGUCAUCUUAUCCAUUGGCGCCGGUCUCCUAACAACUCUAAAAGUCGAUACAAACCACUCCCUCUGGAUCGCCUACGAAUUCAUCUACGGUUUUGGCCUUGGUUUCGGUAUGCAGCAAGCAGGAAUGGCAGCGCAAACCUGUCUCCCGAAGCAGGAUGUUAUGACAGGUGUUGCACUCAUGUUCUUCAUGCAAGGUUUGGGCGGAGCGUUUUUCGUACCCAUCGGACAAGUCGUCUUCACACAGAGCUUGGUCAAGAAGCUCGGCUCUGUCGCUGAUAUCUCUCCUUCCAUGAUUCUACACAGUGGCGCUACGGAAAUCCGUCAUAUCGUGCCUCCUCAAGAUUUGGACAAGGUGCUGUUGGCGUAUAAUGGUGCCUUGUCGGAUACACUCAAGGUUGGUGCGGCCCUUGCGGCUAUCACGAUUGUGGCGGGACUCACGAUGGAGUGGAAGAGUGUUAAAGAGCCGAAGAAGGGCGAAGCCGUUUCUCCGAAGCCAGAGGAGAAGGUGGGGAAUGUCCCUACCGACACUGAGAACGCCGAAACUGACCCCAGUCCACCACAAACACCUGAGCCGUUGGUACCGGAGAAAGUAGGAGUACAGCCGAAUACGCGAGAGGAUGGCAAGGGAAAUGAAUGAUACCCCUCAAGUGGAUGUGUAUGUUUUGCUCCUCGCUCUGGCAUGGAUAUUAAGUUUCCGGAGUUUUGGCUCCCAGCAUUAGAUUUGCUUGUUGAGCGACCUGCGUUGUGUUGAUAGAUACUCCUGUAUGUAAUGGAUGUUGAGGAUUAACACAAAAUACUCGUCUCAAAAUGGCUCGAGUACAGACUUCAGCCGAGGUGGCUUUACUCAGGCGGGUUAUCUCCCAACAUUCACACUUAACCUCGCUCAAAAC